CGUUUUGUUUUGCAGAACGAACGCGAGAGUUCAAUAGCAUCCGAUUCUCCCUUGUCCGGGCCAAGGAAAAGCUUUUGCCCAACGCAGAAGGAAAGACGAUGCUGACCGCUUCUCUCUGACGCCCCGUCCAACUAUUUAUAUGCGCCGCGUCUCUUCGCCCGACUCAUGGAACAAAGGAUCUGUGCAGGGUGAAUUCAGGAACCGGUCCAUGGCUCAAAUACUCAAAGGACUAUGGGAGAGGGUCCAAGGUAAGUGGCAUCUGAAGAUAAUAUGUAGCCAUGUUUUUAACCAAUAUGCUGGUAAUAAGCCACUCAUGGCGUUGGAUAAGCUCCACAUUGCAACAUUACGGGUUUUUGACUCUCUGAACAAGAAUCUCCUCGGUCCUCAUAAGCAACCUCCAUCUGCAUCGGCUAUUGCUGACAAAGAAAAAGAGUACAGGAAGACCAAAACUGAAAUAAACGAGAAUGAGUUCUAUGAAACAAUUUUGGAAUGGACGAGUAAAGAUUUGCGCAUAUAUAUGGUGAAUAAAAUCAUUCUUGCUUGUCUGGCAUCGCCCGCGCUGACCAUCGUGACAAAGAACGCGGGCAAGCGAGUGCCAAGGAUCGGACAUGUCGUGGAGAAGAUUCCAGCUCCUGUGUUCUUCUCAGCUUACUCUGCGUUGCUUGUGUUCCUCCCAGAUAUCCGUGUUGAGUAGGAGAAAGUAUCCAAGUUUAAACAACUUCCCUGGUGUGUUCAAGCAGGAUCAGUAUCACUAUGUUUUGUGAUGUUUUAUAAGGAUUGUAUUACAAGAACAAUUAAAUAAAUAUGCUACAAGCUGGAUAGCUUCUGUGCAGAAUGGUAUUACA